AUCAGCAACAUUUUGCUUAACCAAUCUACUCUAUCUCUUCCUUUUCUUUCACUAAAACUUUACCUAAAACCCCGACUGCCCAGUCCCUAUUGCUCGGUACUCAAUGAUCAAUCCUUCUUCUUAAGUUCUGAGUGACAUAGUGCAAGUUGACUCUAGCACUGGGCACUUGAUUAUUAAUGCAACUGAUUUUGAUUUGAAUGGACAAAAUUUCACCGCGACUAUGAGAAUCACUUCUCCUUCUUUUAUUGAACCAAUUGACAUCCCUAUGAAAAUAAAUGGAACAGUAUAUCAAGAAAACACUCAUAAUAAUACUCGUCCUGAUACAAAUACUCAUAUUAAUCCUUAUACUCAUGAUAUCGCAUCGGCUGUAGUUGCAAGUGCUAUUGCUAUCUCAUCAGUUGUUGGGAGUAUUGCACUUGUGACUUCGAACUCAGGACUUGGUGGCUUAUGGAUGGUGGUUAAUCAACAGCAACUUUUGAUCCUUCUAACGAUGAUAGGUAGUAGCAUACAUCCCGAUGUACAAUUUUUCAUAACUAGGACAAAAUAUGUUACCUUCAGCUUUAAAGAGCUGUCAUUGAGAAGCCUUGAUUUUACUAAAAUUUCAAAUCAACUCGAUAACAUGCAUCGAAACCAGACCAAUGAAGAACUAAAAGACUUAGGAUACGAUAGCAUGUGAGCUAUCCAGAUGAACAUUGAAAUCCUAAUCGCGUUAAUACUAAUCUUCAUCAUCCAGCUACUUUUCAUCAUCACUCGGUUGACCCUCCUAGCCCCACAAAACCUCAAAAUCCUACAUUCCCAACAACCCAAAUCCCUUCACCCAAAAUCCUUUACUCACUAUUCCCAGCUCAUUCCCAAAACCCCCUCCUCAAAUCUAAAAACCCCGACCAAAAAUCUGAAUUUUUACGAACAAAAUUCCAAAUCUCAAAAAUUUUGCACUAUUCCACCAAAAAAUUGUACUGCCAAAUAGCAAGUGCAAGAAAUUUACUAAGAACACAGACAAAGUUUACUAUCAAAGCCCGGAUGACUCCUUGCAGAAUUACUGGAUUAAUGAAGAGACUGGGGAUUUUGAGGAUUUUGAGAGUAAUGGGGCAAGACGAGGUGAUGGAGAAGUGAAGACGGAUUGGAUGAGAGUCAAGAAUUGGGCAAGCUUUUAUCUUCCGAUGAGGUUCUUUACAAAUGUGUAUAUGAGAAUAUUCCUAGAAGCAUUCUUUAUUGUGUCUACCACAGUAUUGAAUGAGCUGACCAACCCAGAAUUUUCAAAGGCCUCUCAGAUCGUUUCUUUCAUGCUGUCUCUUAUUCUACUUUUCUUGUGCAUUUCAUUUAUUGUGUUCUUGUUUUAUUACUUUUGGAAGCAUCGGAAUGUCAAUCUCUCCUACCAGAAUGAUAAAAACUCAAGAAUAUACUUUGAAGAAUUGUUCCUCGACCUAAAAACUGGAAUCGGGAGAAUUGAGAACCCGCUCAUGAUCCUCAGAAAGUUCAUUUUCCUCUGCAUAAUCUUCUGUCCUGGCUUAGGAGUGAUCUCAGUUUUUGUCAUAUUGAUACUGGUACAAGUAAGUCAAAAAUUUUCAUGAGUUGUAAACCUUGGAUCAUUCAAUUCUUUUUGGUUUUUCUUACUCUUUUUGUCAAUAUAGAUUGCCUACAUAGCUCAGACUGUAAUGAUAAGGAAGUUCAAUAGUCUUGGCUUUCACUUAUCAAGCAUACUUAAUGAAGUCUUUUUGGGCUUGUUCUUGGUCCUGUUCGCUGUAUGGAGACAUCAGAGUAGUUGGAGGAAAGAGGAAGGGUUUGAUAAGAGACUGUUUGUCGUUUAUAUGAUGAUGGUGAAUAUGGUUGGAGUCAUUGUUUUGCAAUUACGGGGGUCGGAACUAUAGUAGAAUGGUUUAAGAAGAAGAAACUUGUAAAAGACGAAUUGCCAGCUGCUGGUAAUCUUCAAGAGUCAAAUGAGGAAGCAAAAGAGGAAUUAAGUGAGGAACCAAACAAUAUUCAAAACAUCCAAAAACUAAUGCUAGAGAAUAAUUCAAAACAGACUUCUAAACACUCUUCCUUAAAUCUCCAAAAACAUGUGUCAAAACUCCAAGACCAAUUCCCAAAAUACACUAUAAAACAAUCUCCUCCACAUGCCCCAGAACAAAUCCCAGAAAACACUCCAUCCAAACUCUCUAAACCCCCUAUGCCCUCCCAUCCUCUCCAACCCCUUUAGAAAUAGAGCUCAGCCACAAAUCCGAGGUACCCUUACUCUAACCCCACGAGAAAAUGCCCCACUCACCCAUCGCCCUUGAUCCAUGUCAAGAACUUAUCUCAGCUCUACUCUCAGAGCAGCCAAGAGUAAAAGAAAUUACAAAAUUUGAAGAAUUUGAAGAAAUUAGAGGAGGAAUAGA